UACCACCAAAAACCCUCGAAUGCCAGAAUGCUCGAAGGCUUUAACUUGCGCUCAAUUAAAAAUUUUAUUACUGUUUUUUGGUGUCGUACGGAAAUUGUGGAACACCAAAGUUACAUUUUUAUCCCACGCAAAUGUCAGACAGACAUACGGAUAUAUAGAUAUACAGAUAUUCGUAUAACGCGCAAAUAGACAGAUACAGUGCAUCUAUUUGGUAUGCGCUAGUGUUUUAUAUGUUUUUACAAUUAUUCUGACAAGCGGGAUAAAUUGGCACGUAUUGCGUGACUCAUUUGAUAUUGUCGAUCCAUGCAGCUACAGUUCAUACUCAUAGUAACUGCGGCGAUCGACAUGUUCGAAGCAAAUCUGGAUCCGAAACCGAAUUCAUACUGCGCAGCAUCAGUUCUGAACUCUGGAAAUUAAGGCACAUGUCCAACCGAUCAAGGGGUGUUCCGAUUAGAGAUGCGUUAAACACUGAGCUGAUACAUCAAAAGUUUUAUUCCUUCUGGGCAUUAUAAGAUGAUCGGAGUAUCAAGUUUAUUUCUGCAAAUCGUUUGUUUCGUGUUUUGCGGUGAACUGGCAAAUCCGUCCAGCUUGCGCGUGUCGUCGUACGAUUCUAGGCAAUCGCCAUCUGGUAAUUCCUGGCAGGAAACAGUCAGCCAGGGAGCUCCAAAUUUUGAACGUUGUGCAAAAAAGUAUGGAUUUGACCGUCCACUCUUACUGGUGCAGUCCCUGGAUGGAUUUGCUACGCGCUUUGUUCCUCACGUUCCUUCCGUUGCGUUCCUAUUUCAGCAGGCGCUGCACGCCAAACACAUGCGCCCGGUGUUCCCUACCAGCACCUAUCCAAAUCAUUACUCCAUCGUCACAGGCCUGUAUCCCGAGUCACACGGAAUAAUAGACCAGACAUUUUAUUCAGCGGACAACACCUCGUUCUUUGUCAACUAUCGACCGAGUCAUGCAGUUAGUGACUUCUGGAAAGGUCAUCCAAUUUGGGAAGUUGCGCAACAACAAGGGAGAAAGGUUUUCACAAAAUAUUGGCCAGGAGGCGACGUUGUCAUAAAUGGCGUUCGUCCAACGAACUGGACCACGUAUUCCGAUGUGGAGCCUUUUGAUUCCAUAGCCAACACCGUUAUAAACUGGAUUCGUCUUCCAGUAGAGCAACGUCCGGAUAUGAUUUUAGCGUAUCUACGAGAGCCGGACUCGUCCGGCCAUGCGGCGUUGGAAAACAGCGCGAAAUUCCAAAAUGCUUUGCAACAAGUGGAAAAUUAUAUGACGAUGCUCAUGAAUGGGCUGACAGAAGCCGGUCUUGUGGAUUGUGUGGACCUUAUUGUCCUGUCGGACCAUGGAAUCGCGCAGUGCCUAAGUACUGUGGAUCCGCAUGCCGAGCGCGCCAAUCCUGUGGAUGCUUACAGGUCUAAUGGUGCCAUGAACCGGGUGACUCUGGCAAAAAAUGCCGACGUCGAUCAAGCGGUGUCAUCGCUGUCUUGCCCAUCGCAGAACUCUCCUUAUCAGGUUUACAAGAAGGAAGACUUGCCAGUACGACUGCAUUACGUCAACUCGGCCAUCAUUGCUCCAGUCAUAAUUCUGCCCAAUAUUUCGGAUAUCCUCUUUCCACCCGAAAGCAAUCAGACAUGCAUUGACCGCUUCCAAAUGCAUGGCUGGGAUAACCUGUACGACAAAAUGCAAUCCAUUUUCAUGGCGUAUGGGCCAUCGUUUAAAACAAAAACCACGGUUGAACCAUUUGAAAAUGUGGAGCUGUUCAAUUUAUUAUGUGAUCUGCUGAAUAUUCAGUGUGUAGCUAAUAACGGAACGCUUGGCAGUUUGCGCCACAUAAUACGCGAGGCAAAAGAGGAGACAAUGCAUGCCUACCACAACGAAUCGACCAAUUUUUACCCGGUGAAUUUUAUUUCCUAUCCGCAGCAAAACGUCAGGGCCGGUGUAGUUUGCAAAGAAGGUUGUCGCGAAGAGGUUACUUUAAGCACGUUACCGAGCGAUGUUCCCAGAAAAGACUAUAAUCCUCGGCCUGCCGGGACUUCCGGUGGUGUUCUGGAUACGGAUAUCAGUUAUCUUUCCAACUCUGACAGCGACACUGGGUACAACACAAUUCGUCAAAUCGCAUCCUGGGUAUCUUUUGAACUACCACCAGUUUCUGGAAAUGAACUCCAGGAAAGUUUGAAAAGUGGAAAAGGAGUUGACUGCAUCUAUAAAGAUCCAAGGGUCAACUCUAGUGCCGCGUUUUCCUUUCCGUGUGCUGGUUUGAAUGUUCCUAACACAAAUGCUACUGACAAAGUUGUACCUGUUUCGCUAUUUCCGCCAGAACUGGCAACCACAAACACCUCGCGAAUUGAAUCCAUUCUGCACACCAAUAUAGUGCCGAUGUACCGAUCGUUUUAUGAAGAAUACUGGAGGCGCUUGCUUCAACUGGUAGCUAGCUGGAACAGAAAGGAGACACCGAUGCACAUUUACGUUGGACCUGCAUGGGACCGGAAACCGCCGUUUGGCGUUGCAGACAGUUAUUUGCGGUCUCGGGAUACCACUACAGAAAAGGAUGUGCUCGACAACACUGUUCCGACUCAUUUUUAUUUGGUGGCUUGGAGACAACGGACGAAAGAAUACUGUUUGGAAGACGAAUGUUCACAUGAAGUUAUUUCGUUCAUUUUACCACACCACAUGCAAACGCAGAAACCAUGCCAGCCGGAGCGAUUCUACUUUUUGACCAACUCAGCCACUAUAAAAGAUGUGGAACGGCUAACUGGAUUUCAGUGGUUCCCAAAUUUUUCCUGGCAGCAAGCGGCUCGUAUGCGGACCUCGUUAACGGAUUAUUUAUGGGAUGAUAAAAACCCUUUGUAGUCUUUUAGUAGGAAAUUAGUUAACGCUUUUGUUUUAAAGUUUCCUGGUUUUUCCUCUGUUCGAAAUCGAAGUUUACAAGUCUGGCGAAAUGUUCCUCGUUUUACUGGCUUUUCGUAUGACAUAAAUAAAGGGUGUGCAGCAUUUAUAAAUGAAGAUAUAGACACUUCUUGGAAUGUAUUUGCAAUAUUAGCAAUAAAAUUAAAAGAUUUAACACUGCACAUUUGUCGAGAACGUACCCACAGCG